AAUGCCUCCAAAACUUCCCAGUCCUCAAAUCCUAACCCAAAACCCAAACAACAGGGAGAAGAAGCAAUCAAAGUAACAAAACUGAAGCACCAAAACCGAAUACAGUAUCUAUAUCAAUCAAUUCUGCUAUACAGAAGAAGAAAUCAAUGGCGGAAGAAUGUAAGAACAAUAAUACUAAUAAGGAGAAGAAGAGGGCGGUGGUUGUGGAGUCGUUAGGAUGGUUAACGGAAUCCACCAUCAUGCCUAAGAAGAUCAAACCAAUUGAAGGCGUCAGUGCUUCUUCCAUCCUUGAGCUUAAAGCCCAAUUAUACAAAUCACAAGAAGAUGCCAAACGUCUUGCCAAAGAGACUAUCCACCCUUCUGCUGCUGCUGACCCUAAUUAUUCCCAUCUCGAAAUUCACCGUGCCAAGAAGAAGAUUACUGCCAAGAACGUUUUCUCCUCUAAGAACCCUGGGGUUGAUGCUAGAGAGGCCAAGGACAAGCUUGAGAUGAAAGCAAUCAAGGAUGGAUCAGUAAGCUAUGCUGCCUUAGAACGAAAGGCUAAGUUAUACGAUAAGCUGGUGAGGGGUGAGCUUUCUGACGGGGAGGAUGAAGAGAGGUACUGUGUUGAUUUCUUCCGGAAGGGCCAGGAUCAGGAAAACCCUGAGCAGCUUCAACAGCAUGACAUUUCUAACACAGAACUUAGAGAUGAAGAUGGAGAUGAUGAUGCCUCCCUACUAUCAGAGACAAAAGCUGCAGGACUUGGCCGGCAAGCUGGCUCAUUCGACCGAAGUGAACAUAAGCGCUUUGUAAUGGAAGUUCAUAAAGAAGCAAGUCAAGCAAGGGAAAAAGCAUCAGAACUCAAGCUACGUAGGCAAGAACAAGUAGCAGCACGUCGAGAAAAACUAAAACAGGCUUAUCUCCGCAAACAGAUUGAGAAAUUGAAGGCUUCCAAGACAGAGCAGACAUAGACCAGAGGUUUUUGAGGCUGGAAGUUUGAAUCUGCACUUCAUUUGAACAAGCCUGAGGUUAGCAAAUCCAAGCAUCAGCUUUAGCAGGCGGGAUGUAUCUAGCACCUUGAAGUUGUGGACUUUCAUAGACCGAGACCAACUAGUUUCAAGUUGCAGUGUAGCUUUAUCAAGAAGUAGAAUGCUCAAUUGUUAUAAAGAAUGCUCCAAUGUAAACUCAAAAUGUGACGGUUUCUCUUGUUUCCUUGGAUGUGUAUCAUGUAAAAGCAGCAAUUAUUUUGCAAUCUUGGUGGAAAAGAAAAUUGUCUGUCUUUUUACUGAAAA